AAAUCACAUUGACUUUGGUUUUGUCUGGGACCUACUUCGAUGUAACAUUGUAAUUGCUAUAAAAUUAAGACUAAAACAAUAAAUUAAGAGGAUCAGAUCUCGUCAGUAUGAUUAAAAUUAAUUUGAUUAAAGAAUCUUAUAUGAAUUUCUCGGUUAAUUUAAUAAAGAUGGCGUAAGAAUUUUUAUUAGUUAUUGGUACAUGGACGAUAUAUUUUGUUUGAAGAAAGAUAAAGCAUUUCGGCUACAACAAUCCACCAAAGGGGUCCAUUUCCCAACAUAGCCUCAUGAAUUGGGUUAGGUUCAGUCAAAUUUGGACGUGGCUGUCAUGUUAUGCCUGCCAUGCCAACAACUCUUUAUAUUUAAUUAUAUUCCUCGCCCGUUCAACUCCAACGUGGGAAACCCUCUUUGAUCAGGAUCUCUGUUGGAUCAAUCCUCUGUAGCUGAUGGAUAUAACCAGGAAUCAGUAAGAGAUAAGGAAGUGGUCAGAUUGUCAGGGGAGCAUGAUCUGCUGCCUUGAUUAUUUGUUAACAUAUUUAUCACAAAAGGAAGAUCUGGUGAGGGAGGUUUGGGCAAAAAAAUGUAAACAAAUAUGUUGUUACAUGGUCAACAAAAUCAAACCCAUAAAACACCUGAAUGGGUCUAAGAGUACGAGUAUAAUGUACCCUUUUUUAAGGAGAUCGAUCUUUAUGUAAGUUGUGAGAAAAAAAAAAUUUACUCUGAAAUCUGAAUGUUCAGAUUGAAUUGCGUUUAGCCUAUUUGUUAAUUGGAAUGUAAAAAAUAGUUGGAGACAAAGAGAAUACAGAAAUGGCAGCAGUGAUCUUCAAAUAGCAAGAGGAAGAGAGGCAACAGAACCAGAUGGGAUGGGGUCUAUGGCUAAGAAGGGGAAUUUUGAACAGAGCCUGAACUAAAAGCUUAAAACCAAAGGUAUGGAGCAUGAUAAAAGGUGUCUCACUUUUCGGGUAACAAUGAAACCCAUAAUCAUGGAGGAUCAUGGAAUGGGGUUUCUUUGCCAGAAAGCACCUUUCGAGUUUUCCCUUUUCUAUCCACCAAUAAAGUUUAGUGGUCAGAAACCUAACACAUUUACACUGUAUAAGACCAACUGGAUCAGUGGCCCCAAAAAAGUGCAUUUUCCAUUUGAUUGGUUGCUAAAAAAUGUUUUGGGUCUAUACAUAGAUGAAGUUAAAAACGGGCUACACCUAUUGAAUCUUGAGCAUUGGGCUCAUGGAACAGGCCCUUUAACUACCACUCUGUCUCUUCUCGCCAUAGGAAUCCCUGUGUAGGAAUUAUCCAUCUCCAAAGGCAUGGAAUCAACAUCUCUCCACCUCUGCAAGAACUAUUGUCUUGGUUUUCACUUUCACCAACCAAAUUCUCAAAACUUCUUCUCCUCCUUGUCUCUCACUUCCAAGUUUCCUAAUCCAAAGAGCACUAAAAGAAGUCUCAUAGCCCAAAGCCAGAACAAGACAAACCCGAAAGGGAAGGUAACACUGAAGGGAAAGAAAGAGAAUGUUUGGAGCAUUGAUAAUGAGCUGGCAAAAGCUGAGAAAGAGAGAAAGAAGCAGAGGAGGAAAGGGAAGAAAGUGGUUAGAGGUAGGAAGAACAAGACUGGUAGAGUUUUGGUCUCUGGUGCUAUGCUAAUGGAAACUGAAACUGUUCUCCAAGCACAGGAACCUGUAAUAAAACCAGCGUGGAAUACAUUUGCAAGUAGUGUGAAUGGAAUAUGGAAGGGGGUUGGAGCAGCAUUUUCACCCAUUACUGCUGAAAUGGAGCCAAUUGAAAUUGGAGACAGGAAUGAAAACUUAUAUGAUUGUUACAUGCUUACUCGUGUUGAGGCAGUUCUACCUCCCGGUGGAAAGACCUCUGAAAUCCAUAGGAAGAUAAAUUGGGUGACUCUGAAUCCACAUGGUGAAGUUCCAGAGCAUAUUGAUGUUAGCAUUGCAAACAAAGAAGAGUCCAGAGUUGAGAAACCAACUUUAUCACUGAAAGGAAAAGCCAAUGACAGUAUGGUGAAUCAUGUUUUGCCUGAAUUUGAGUCUUUUGACUUGGCAACUAGCGAUGUGAUGGAAGAAGAUGUCAUGGGUAAUGAACCUGGUCUUGUUUUCUUUGAGGAUGGAUCUUAUUCCAGAGGGCCCCUUGAUAUUCCUGUUGAUGAAGUUGAUGAUUCUAAUUAUUACCUUUCUCCAACUUUUAAAUUUGAACAAUGUUUGGUCAAAGGUUGCCACAAAAGACUCCGUAUUGUUCAUACAAUAGAGUUUGGUAAUGGGGGUUCAGACAUACAAAUAAUGAGAGUUGCUACUUAUGAAGAAGAGUGGGUGAGUCCUGCAAAUCUUCAUGAUCAAAGUUUGAACAGUGAUCUGGAGUUUGAUUUGAAGCCAUUUUCUCAACGGAAAAGAACCCAACCGUCAGAGCUUGUAGGGCCAUGGAAGGUGUUUGAAGUUAGUGCCACACCAAUAUAUGGUGACGAGACGGUAGCUGCAGAAGGCAGUGGUGCCUCUUACGUGUACCUUUGCACAGAAACCUUAAAGAAGAGGAGCUUGCCUAAGAGUUCAGUCUACUUUAGAGAGGAAGAAAUGGUAAACAUGCAGGAUGUUACAGUUCUUUGGCUACUGGGGGGUGUGACUAGUUAUGUUGAUGUUAGUAAGGAUGGGAUUCUUACUAUUGGAGUAGGAUGGUACUCAGAUGAGGGAAUCAACCUUGCUAUGGAACGAGAUUAUGGCAUAGAUGGGAAGCUCAAGGAAGUUAGAUGGAAAUCUGAGGUAAAGAAAAGGUGGCCUGAUCCACUUUCUUUGUAAAUCAUAGUGACAAACAUUAACAAUAUACGAAUCAUAGGUGUAUUUGGUGUCUAUCGUUUACAUCAGUAAAAUUCAUUAGGCUAGGAAGGGGAAGGAUCAGUAGGAACGAGACCCAUGUUGAACUAGCAUUUACUCUUUCAUUCUAUAUGAAUUGGUUUCAAUGUUUUUAUUCUUAAUUGUCUGAAGU